UGCAAAAUUGGCUUCUGCACUUUUAAACACGUAUUUAUAAGAAGGAAUAUUGUCAGAUUCAGCUCUUCUCACCCUUGCACCACUGCUUGGUGAUGUGCAUGCAUAACAUUGCUUUGCCUCUCAUGGGAAGAAAAAGAUAGGAGAAACUGGAUUUGCAGGGUGUAAAUCUAGAGAUGCGAAUGAAGAAAAAAAUGUAUUAUUUAAAAUUCGGUGCUGUUAUUUACUCUCCCGCACGCCGAGGGACGCCCGUGUCCCCCUGCCUCCGGCAGUAGCUGAGGCAGCCCUCCGCGGGGGCCUGAAAGCAGGGGCAAAAUGGCGGCUGCCGUGGCGGAAAGAUUCGGGGCGUUGAGGCAGCAGCUUUGCGGUCGCUGGAAAAUCUGGCUGCCCGGGUUGACUCAAGUCAGGUGGAGCCGAUAUAAUUCCCUAUACCUUGAACCAGAAGUGAACAAAGAAGUGUAUGGCAAACCUCGGGAACAAAUGUCAGAAGAAGAAAAAGCUCAUUGGGAUCUGAGGACAGUCCGACCUAUAAAAGCUGCACCUUCUGAUGUUAGCAGUUCUGUGUUCUAUGAUCCAGUGAUCAGGAAAUUCACCAGUGUUAUCAUGAAGGGAGGAAAUAAAGUUUUGGCCCAAUCCCUGAUAAAUCAGACUUUAGAAGCCAUUAAAAGGAAGCAAUUCAAGAAGUACCAUGAAGCCAAGGAUGAGGACAAAAAAGGCAUUGAGCUCAACCCUUACACAAUCUUUCAUCAGGCACUGAAAAAUUGUGAACCUGUCAUUGGUAUUACACGUGUCAUAAAAGCAGGUAAAAUCUACCAGGUCCCAGCCCCUAUCUCAGAAAAACAAAAACACUUCUUAGCCAUGAAAUGGAUGAUGACAGAAUGCAGGGAAAAUAGGGGCAGCAGAACUCCUUUCCCUGAAAAACUUUCUGAUGAGCUACUACAAGCUUUCAAUAAUGAAGGUUCUGUAAUAAAGAAAAAGUAUGAGCUUCACAAAAUGGCUGAGGCUAACCGGGCCUUUGCUCACUAUCGUUGGUUGUAGAGAACGUACCAUUCUGCCAGAUACAUCCUGGGAGGUCUGAGACUUUGCUACAGGACAAAGUGUGCUGCUGUUUUAUUUUUAAGCCCAUAAUUCUUUGCAUGUCACUCACCUGGGAAGGCUGUAGCAGGUUCCCAGUAAGCUCUCUUCCAAGGAUAACAAAGAAAAUCCCAACUGAAAUAAAAGGUCUUCCUUUUUAGACUA